AUGAAGGAAAAAUUAAGUUUAAAAAAGCAAGAGAGUUCAGAGGAUCCUUCAUCUGUUCCGUUGAAUGUCGUCGUCAACGUUAAUCAGCAAAUCAACAACGAAACAAAAAAGGAGGACAAAAAGGAUAAAAAGGAUAAAAAAUCGUGCAUGAAUAAAGUAAAAGGUCUUUCGCUGGUUUUGAAGAUCGCAGUGGCUCUUUUGACAAUCCAUGGAAUCGUUACGCCUUUAAUUCUUUCGAAAAUGAGUCCUCAUUCGGAUUCGCAGGACAAUUCCACAAAUGCUGCAGCUUCAGAGAUCGACGAAGUCAAAGCAGAAAGCGAAAAGUGCUACGGACGGGAGAAGAAUUCCUUGAUGGUUCUUACUGGUUAUGGAUCAAAAACUGAGUAUCUAAGCUACGUGCUCAAACCUGACGGAAGCGAGAGUCCUCGCACAAUCAAGAUGCCUUCUUCAAUUGAUAGCUCUCAGUUCCUUUACGCUUCGAUUUCCGCUAUGAUCCGCGGAAAAGUCUUCAUUUUUGGUAAACUAAGCGGCUCAGACUAUGGACUCAGGAUAAGAAUGAUAAGUGGCUGUGAAAUCAAGGAGUUAGAUGUCAAACUCAACAAUCGAUAUUACUUCGGCUCUUCUGUAGUAACGGCGGCUGAUCAACAAUCUGCGAUGAUUUGCUUUCCGGAUGAUGAAAAGUUCAAAAAAUGCGAAGAAUUCGACGGAAGCGCUGUUUCAAUAAAACCUUCGACCAAAUACUCGCACAGAAGUUCAUGCUUGGCGCUCUACAACGACCAACCAGUUGCAGUCAGCUCCGGACUUCCUGAGGGCCGCAAAAAAGUGGAGAAAUUCGAUGGCGUUUCUUGGACGGAAAUGGAAGAUUUUCCAAAGCCAAUUUACAUACACUCCUGCAUUGGAGUUUUCGACGGAUAUCUUCUCCUGGGAGGUAAUUACGAAGAAAAUGACAAAUAUUACAAUUCAAAAGAUGUUUAUCUACUUCGUGACUCAAGAUGGACCGUGGUUGGCCAGCUCAAUAAAUAUCAUUGGUACUCUUCUGCAACGCGAAUCAGAAACACGAUUUAUCUUGUGAGCGGCAAAAAAGAACCUUACGCCGUGGAGAAACUUGAAUGGGAUGGAGAAGAAAUAUCCUCGGCAAAAGUCAUCAACAACCACUCAAAUCCAUUUUGGAGGCCGAUAAUAUUCCCUGUCGAUGAAUUUUACUGUACAUAA